CUACAACUUAGCUAUACCCCAAUUGAAUACUUACAACACCUAUUUUUCCUCUCGGAUCUCGUCAAAAUGCCUGAACGUUACGGCGACUACCAGACGGAGAUCUAUGGUCAAGGGGCCAUUGCGGGUCUGCGACCGAAUGUCACGACCGACCCGCGUUUGCUCGAAGAGCAGGCGAAGAAGGCCCUAGGCGUCCGAGGCUACAAUUAUAUUGCGGGCGGUGCUGGCGAGAAAGCGACGAUGGACAGCAACCGAUUGGCUUUCCGUCAGUGGAAGUUAAUACCCCGCAUGCUGAGGCCGAUGGACAAGCAGGACCUUACGGUGAACCUCUUCGGCCAGGACUACCCUUCCCCGGUUCUCAUGGCGCCGGUCGGCGUCCAGAGCAUAUUCCACGAAGACAAGGAGACCGGUCUGGCCGAGGCGUGCUCCGAAGUCGGCAUCCCGUAUACCCUGAGCACGGCAAGCACCAGCUCGAUCGAAGAAGUGGCCCAGUCGAACGGAGACGGAAAGAGAUGGUAUCAGCUUUACUGGCCCCAAAGCGACGACAUCACCCUGUCGCUGCUGAAGCGCGCGAAAGAAAACGGGUAUUCCGUCCUCGUGGUCACGCUCGACACUUGGUCCCUGGCAUGGCGACCGGCCGAUCUGGACAACGCAUACGUUCCGUUUUCUACGGGUGUUGGGUGCCAAAAUGGCUUUUCGGAUCCCGUCUUUCGCGCCAAGUUCGAGAAGGAGACUGGUACCAAGGUGGAGGACGAUAUUCUCGCGGCGUCGAGGGCCUGGAUUAGCGAUGCGUUUCCCGGUCAACCGCCCACUUGGGAGAGAAUUGCCUUCCUGCGGAAGAACUGGGAUGGCCCGCUGGUGCUGAAGGGCAUUCAGCAUGUGGACGACGCUCGAUUCGCACUCAAGGCCGGGUGUGACGGUAUCGUUGUCUCGAACCAUGGCGGCCGACAGGUGGACGGGGCCAUCGGCUCCCUGGAAGUACUACCGGAGAUUGUUGACGCGGUGGGCGACAAGAUGACGGUCCUGUUCGACUCCGGCGUCCGGACCGGUGCCGACGUCAUCAAGGCCCUUUGCUUAGGGGCCAAGGCAGUCCUUGUCGGUCGGCCUUUCAUAUACGGCCUUGCUAUCAACGGGAAACACGGUGCCAAAGCGGUGAUGCAAGGUAUGCUGGCCGAUCUAUGGCAAAACAUGUCUCUGGCUGGGAUCUCCGGAGUCGCCGAGUGCACUCGCGAUAGGCUCCGAAAAGUCCCGUAUGGAGGUGACGCGAAGGCCAUGCUGUGAUAUCAGACGCUAGUAGCCCGGUGUAAAAUAAUAAUCAUCAUAACCCAGGCGAUAGGGGAUCGCAGCGAAAUCAGGCAUUCAGGCUGUCAUUCCGGCACAGCUCAUGUAUAAUGAUUACUCAUCAGCUAUGAUGCCAUCCUUGUG